AUGUUUCCAAUAAGAUUUAUUCGUUCAUACACAACUGGAAAAACACGUGAAAUAAUAAAAUUUUAUUAUGAUUUUAAAUCACCAUAUACAUAUUUAGCAUUAGAACCAGCAUUACAAUUAGAAAAAGAAUAUCCAAUUAAAUUACGUUUUAUUCCAUGGGCAUUUCGAGCUAAAGAAUCUUUUGGUGGAAAUCUUCAAGAACGAAAUAAACUUAAUUGGAAUAAAGUUCGAUAUUUAUAUUUAGAGAUUAUUCAAAAAUGGAUGUCCACAUGA